AUGAGUUCCCUCCAAUCCUUCUUUGCAUUCAUCCCACUCCAACAACCUGACCCUGUCAACACGCAGCUGGUCUUCAGUGCUGCGGCUUGUCUUACUGUAGUGGGAGUAACUUUUUGGGCUUACCGUCCUAAAUCAAAGAGUGGCCUUCCUCUUCCACCUUCCCCUCCCACUUGGAGACUUCGAGGGCACGUCCUGCCACCUCGCAAACCAUUCCUCACCAUAGCAGAAUGGAUUGACGAGUACGGUCCUCUGAUUACUAUCCGAUCAAAAUUAGAGCGGAUCAUUAUUAUCGGGCGUUACAGAGCCGCCGUGGAAAUUAUGGAGAAUCAGGGCAAAUUUCUAGCUGAUCGUCCCCCCAUGAUUGCUGCUGGCGAAAUGUUUAGCGGCGGAAUGAGUAUUGCCUUUAUACCCUUCGUGGACCGGUUACGUCGCAUGCGUAGAGCACUUCAUUCUCAUCUCCAACCUAAAGCAGCUGAGGCCUAUCAGCCACUGCAGAUGUCACAUGCGAAGAACAUAGUUCUUGGCGUUCUUGAUAAUCCACACAACUUCCGGCACCAUGUGGUAACUUAUGCUGCAUCUAUAAUUUUGAAAGUAACAUACGGGAAGAAUACGCCCACGUCUGCGGCUGAUCCUGAAGUCAUUGAGAGGCUUCAAAUGAUGGGAAAGGUUACUGAAAUCCAGCGUCCUGGUGCUUACCUGGUGGAGUCGAUCCCGUGGCUCAAAUACCUCCCUUGGUAUGGCCGAGAGUUGAGACUGUUGUUUGAGAGGAGGAAAACAGUCUACCUUGGUCAGUUAAAUCGCGUGAGGGAGCAUAUGCAGAGCGACGUGGACAUCGGCCCUUCGUUCAUGAAACAUAUGCUGGAAAAUGACCAAUCCCAUGGUUUGACAGAGACCGAGGUGGCCUUUCUCGGUGGUGCCCUCUUUGGAGCUGGAUUAGACACAACUUCUAUCUCGAUAUGCACGGUGCUCAUGGCAGCCUCAUGUUUCCCUGAUGAGCAAGCCAAAGUUCAGGCCGAGCUCGACACAGUCAUCGGAAGGCACCGAGCGCCGACCUUUGCCGACCAAGGGUCCCUUCCCUGCCUGCAAGCGUUCAUCUCUGAGGCUUUGAGAUGGCGACCUGUGGCUUCUGCUGGAAUGGCUCACCGAACAACCGAGGACGUGAUUUGGGAAAACUAUUGUAUUCCAGCUGGGACUACGGUGUUCGGCAACCAUUGGUCUAUCUCUCGGGAUCCAGAUGUCUAUCCGGAGCCUUAUGCGUUCAAGCCUCAACGCUGGAUUGACGAUAAAGGUAGCCUAAGAGAUGAUUUAAAAUUCUUUGCCUACGGCUUUGGUCGACGCGUAUGCCCCGGUCAACAUGUCGCGAAUAGAUCGGUGUUCAUAACCACCCUCCUUAUUCUUUGGGCCUACAAGCUCACUCUGGAUCCUACGAAGCCACUAGAGGACACGGGGUUCAUGAGCGGGACGAUGCCAAAUGUCCUGCCAUGCACAUUUGAGUUUGAGAAGAGGAUUCCGGAAACAGAACUUAGGAGCAUGAUGCAGUAUUAUCCUGAGGUCGCAUGA